AUGUCGGAAUUGGAUUCUCAUCAGUUAGAGACUAGCAAUGGUUUGAAACGAAAAAAUGAAGAAGUUGAUGAUUCAACAGAUCGUAAUAAUGAGGAUGACAAUAACUUAAAUGACGCAUCUUCUCAUACUUCCAAAAGAGUAGCAUUAGACAGUGAACAAAUACAGUCCGCUGUUAAGACUGAAAAUGAAAAUGAAGAAUUAGCUCCUACAAUCGGUAAUACCGUGGAAAAAGAAGAAGCUGCAGAUGAAGAAGAGAGAACAGUUGAAGAAUCGGCAAAUCAAGGCAGUCAAGAAUCAGAGCAAUUGACAAAAGUAAAAGAAGAAGCAAAUGAGGAUGAUAUUGAAAAGACUUUAAAAUCUUUACAGAAUUCAGUGUUUCCAAAUGAUUCAAGUUCUCAAACAAAUAAUAAUCUUUCAUCUGACAAUGCUAAUUCACAAAGUGCCGUGGAAGCAUUUUUAGAACAAGCUGGAUUAGCUUCUUCAACCGCAAUUCAACCUCAGCAACAUCAACAGCCUCAACAUCAACAGCCUCAACAUCAACAAUCAUUUGAACAGGAUUAUGAAUCCUCAUCAACUUCAUCUAAACCAGUUUCGAGUCAUCUCAAGGAAAAAGAUUCUGAUAUCUCAUUUAGAAUGUUAUGUCCUGUAAAAGAAGCUAGUACAAUCGUAGGUAAACAAGGAUCAAAAAUUAAUCAUUUGAGAGAAAAAGCUGCUGUUAGAAUUCAAGUUAGUGAUAAUUUAAAGGGAAUUCCAGAAAGAAUUACAACCGUGAAAGGUACACCAGAAAACGUUGCCAGAGCCUUUGGGUUAAUUGUAAGAACCAUUUUGAAUGAAGAUGAAGAUGAACCAGCAAAUAUGAGAAGUCAACAAUAUAAUUUGAAAUUAUUAAUCCCACAUCCAUUGAUUGGAUUUAUAAUAGGUAAACAAGGUUCAAAAUUUAGAGAAAUCGAAGAAAAUUCUGCAGCAAAAUUAAAAGCUGCAGAAACACCAUUGCCUUAUUCCACUGAUAGGAUUUUGAGUGUUGUUGGAGUUGCCGAUGCUAUUCAUAUCGCUGUAUAUUAUAUUGCUCAAAUUGUCAACGAUCAUAGAGAUGUAUUGAAGAAAAAUAAAGUUAUUUUGUAUAAUACGGCUAAUUAUCAACAAACUGAUCCAUUUGGCGAUCCAAGCCAUCAACAACAACAACAACAUCAACAACCAAGAUAUCCACAACAACUGCCUUACGGUGGAGGUGCAAAUACAGUGCCUAUUGGCGGAGGUAGUUAUCAAAAUCCAUCACCAUUUCAACCCCAGCAAUCUCCUCCUCAACCACCACAAUAUAAUUUUCAAUCGAUGUUUCAACCAGCAAUGCCUCCUCAACAACAAUAUGGCGGAAUGGGUCAAAUAGGAGGAAUUUCAUCAAAUUUACCUCCUUCGUCAAUAUCUUCCUCAAAUAUCCCACCUCAAAGUCAAUAUACUGACGAAUAUGGUAAUACGAUGAUUGGUGAGGUUAUUGUUCAUCAACCGGUACAAACUGGUGACAAAUUUAAUCAAGAUGUGUUUGUUGCAAAUUCAUCAAUUGGGUCAGUUAUUGGUAAGGGUGGAAACAAUAUUAAGCAUAUCAGAGAAAAUAGUGGUUGUACUUAUGUUAAAAUUGAACCAGAUAGAGGUCAAUCCAUUAUGCUUGGAAGUGGUAGAGGUUUAACUAAUAUUCGUAGAUUAACCUUAACGGGAUCGUUGGACUCGUUUCAAAAGGCUAUUUAUUUGAUUAACCAAAGAAUUAAUGCUGAUAGGGAAAGAAAUACGAGAUAA